ACGAAACUGGUGUACAGAAUUUAGAAUACGUCUGAGCGAACAGUUAACGGCAGUUAAACUUAAAAAUUGUGUUAAAAUUGAAAAUAAUAAAUAUUUUAGAAAUAAUUGAAUAACUACAUCAUACAGAGAUGAUGGAAAACGUAAAUUUGACAUCUUCGCUCAAUGUGAACACAAGCUCUGAAUUAACCCUGAAUGACUGCAGUUCAAGAACUUAUCUAACUGCGAAGAAACAGCUUGAUGAUGAAUACAAUCCAGAGCUUUAUCGCGAUGAAGUUAAUGGUCAAUCAUCAGUUGGCGCUUUUGUGCAUUUGCUUAAAGGUUCUUUAGGUUUCGGUAUACUCUCCAUGCCRAUGGCUUUCUACAAUGGUGGCUUGCUCUUCAGUAUGGUUGCUACGCUGAUCGUGGGCUUGCUUUGUACGCAUUGUGUACAUAUUUUGGUAAAAACCUCACAAAGCAUUUGUCGAGAUAAUAAAAUCUCGGCGCUGAGUUUUUCGGAAACCACCGAGAAGGUCUUCGAAGGUGGUCCAAAAUGCCUACGUCCCUGGUCAGUCGUUGCAAAACGUCUCAUUGAUGGCGGAUUGAUGGCAGCCCAUUUUGCGGCCGCGUGCGUUUACAUGGUAUUCAUUGCCACAACAAUUCACGACGUGAUCAACUAUGACACCGGUCUGAACCUGUCUCUUAUACACAUCUAGAUGUGUAUAAGAGACAGACAUUGCCUAUUAAUUGGUCAGAUAAGGAAUUUAAAAUGGCUAGUGCCCUUCUCAGCAUUUGCGAAUAUAUUCAUUAUGAUCACAUUCGGCAUAGUGCUAUACUAUCUGUUCAGCGAGCCGUUGGUGUUCGCAGACAAACCGCUGAUUGCGAGAACCGAACAGAUACCACUCUACUUUGCCACAGCCAUCUUCGCCAUGGAGGGUAUUGGUUCGGUUAUGCCCAUUGAGAAUGCUAUGCAGAAGCCGCAACAGUUCCUUGGCUGUCCUGGUGUGCUCAAUAGCGCUAUGAUCUUUGUGGUGAUAUUCUACUCCGCCAUCGGUUUUUUAGGCUAUGCACGUUUUGGUAGUGAAGUGCGAGGCAGCAUCACAUUGAAUUUGGUGGAGGGCACACCUUUGGCUGACACUGCGAAACUGCUCAUCGCUGUGGCUUCGCUCUUCACUUAUGGUUUGAUAUUCUACGUACCGAUUGAUACGCUUUGGAAGAAUAUUAGCCAUAAAAUUAACGAAAAGAAUCAUAGCAGGGCUCAGUUACUGAUACGCACGGCCAUUAUAUUGAUUAGUGGCGUUGUGGCCACAGUCAUACCCAAUCUGGAACCGUUCAUCAGCCUUGUGGGCGCCAUCUUUCUCUCAUUACUCGGCUUUUUGGUGCCAAGUGUCUGUGAGACCGUUUAUUUGUGGCCCGACCGUUUGGGCUUCUGGAAAUGGAGGCUGUACAAAAAUCUGCUCUUAAGUACCUUUGCGUUAUGCGCGCUCKUUGCUGGCUCAGUAGCGAGUAUAAAUGAAAUUAUUAAAAUAUAUCAGUGAUGCACCAUGUGUGUUUUUAUGUUUAAGCAUAAAAUUAUUCAUAUAACUAUAAAGUAACCAUAUAACAAUUAUAAUGAAAGUUUUGUAAGUACUAGAAAGUAACCAGACAGCAGCAAUUCUUCGAAGUGUUAAUUCGUUUUAUGCUGUUGUUAAGUUAUAUUAWGCAGCUGUGAUUAAAAAUUAUGAAAGCAAAUUUCAAAUGUUAAAUUUAUAUUUAACCUAAGAUUAUUUAUGUCACUAACAUUAAAGCAUGUUACCAAAAAAAAAAAGCUUAAGCUUU